ACUUGAGCUUUAUAAAGUCCGGUGGAGGCUCCCGCCAAGCCGCCUUGGUUGUGGCUGAGGCGAGGGCGAGCAAGAGGCCUGCGCUACAUCCCCGGCGGCGAGGGGUCUGUUCAGUAUGUUGGAAGCAAGUGAGGGCGCGCAGCCCGUGGGAACCACCAGAAGGCAGAGAGCCGAGAAGAGGCCACCGCUGAAAUUUGCAGUUCACACUAAUGGGUGACCCAUCCACGGUUGCAUGACGGAGAUUGACUUCAGUGGGUCGUAAUUAUGAAGAUCACAGUCUGUCCUUGACUUUCCCUGAGGAUGAACUGUUGUGAUGUGUAUCAAGGUCCGGCAGGAGGCAGCAGACCCCAGUCCGUGUUCGGGGCCAGAGCCCAAAACCGGGUAAACGGAGCCCGCGGCGGUGGAGCGGGGACGGCCUUCCACGUUUGGAGCCUGGGCCCGGCACGCCCAGCCGAGGAAGGAGGGAGGGCCGGGGCGCAUGCGCGCCGCCGGGAAGGCCCCGCCCGGAACCAGCAGGCCCUGCCCAGUGCGGGGAGGUAGCGCGCAGAAUCGGGAGGCGCUGGCAGCGGGGACUCCUUCCGGACACCAGAGCCUCCCACCUGUUCUCCUACCUCCCUGGAGCCAGGGAGAGGCGGGGAAGGGAUAGGGUCCUCGGACGAUGGCAAAAACGCUUGGCAGUUUUCACCUUCCUAGUACCACCCAGACUUCGCUCGAAAAUGGUCUUUCGAGCCCCCAAGGAGUACAAAGCUGUAGAAUUGCAACCUUGCCAAUGGACCUGAUUGGUUUCGGUUAUGCAGCCCUUGUGACAUUCGGAAGCAUCUUGGGAUACAAGCGGAGAGGCGGUGUUCCAUCUUUGAUCGCUGGUCUUUUUGUUGGAUUUUUGGCUGGCUAUGGAGCCUACCGUGUCUCCAAUGACAAACGAGAUGUCAAGCUGUCACUGUUUACAGCUUUCUUCCUGGCCACCAUAAUGGGUGUGAGGUAUAAGAGAUCUAAGAAAAUCAUGCCAGCUGGGCUGGUUGCAGGUCUAAGCCUCGUGAUGAUUCUGAGACUUGUCUUAUUGCUGCUUUGAGAAUCCGAAGGAACUGAAGACUCAAUUCGUGUGAUUCUGCUGUAACCGGCAGGGCACACACUUUGUAUUCAAAAGAUUAACUUCUUUUACGUGGAACGUUGUGUCUUAUUUUACUUUAGAAACAACAGAAAUGCUCCAAAAUGAACGCUAGUUUGAGGGAUUUUUUUUAAAACCAAAAGCUCAACUGUUUUCUACUUGUCAGAUAAUAGUUUCAUUAAAGAUAUUUAAUAAAUCGUUAUACACUUUGGUUUACUGUGCCUACUUUUAUAUAUGUGAGGGUGGGUUUUUUUUUUUUUUGACAAUUCCAAAUACUUGUGUCUGAAAUUUAAACUGUAAGUUCCCAGAUAAUGGAAUGCCAGAAGUGAACUUUACAAAAUGCUGAUGCUUUUACUUGUCAUUUGUUAUAUUAGAAAUUACAGUUCUUCCAUUUUAAUUUUAUCUCUGCCAGUGUUAUUUUUCCCUUUUAAAAAACUCGAUUCUCAGCACUCUCGGCAUACUAACGGAAUGUAUUCAGUAUUCAAAUAAAAUGCAUUCUGUUUUAAACCUG